AUGGAGCGCGAUCCCAUGCCCUCGUCAUUCGACAGCAACCCACAAUUCACCGAAGAAACCAGCACCCAAAAGUUCACCCGCCGUCUCAAAGAAGAGCCUCUCGUCCCCCUCGGAUGCGCCGCAACAUGCUACGCCCUCUACCGCGCCUACCGCUCCAUGAAAUCCGGCGACUCAGUCGAGAUGAACCGGAUGUUCCGCGCCCGUAUCUACGCGCAAGCCUUCACACUCGUCGCUCUCGUCGCCGGCGGAAUGUACUUCAAGACGGAACGACAGCAGCGCCGGGAAUUCGACCAGGCGGUGGAACUACGCAAGAAACAAGAGAAGCGCGACGCCUGGCUGCGCGAGCUGGAGAUUCGCGAUAAGGAGGAUCGCGAGUGGAGGGAGCGUCAUGCUGCUAUUGAGGCUGCGGCUAAGGAGGCUGGGAAUAGGCCGGCGCCGCGGAGUGAGCCUGGUGCGGCGCGGUCGGCGAUUGAGGUUGGUGAUGAGAAGGUUGUUGGUGUUCUUGAUGCUGUAAGGGUGCUUUUGGCAAGGAGAUGA